AUUUGACACAGCGUCACAACAGCAAUUGUGUAAUUGUCCAGACAUAGGAAGGUAACAGAUGUCUCGCUCACUGUCAUCUGUUUCCAGCUGCAAAUAUUUAUUUUCAAAGAGUCUUAUCUCGGGAUCGCCAUUGUUAGGAUGGUUCCGGUUCGCCAGUGGUGCAGUAAAAGAUCGAGCACCUCUGAAAAAAGCUACAACUCCCCAGGGACGGUUUGACAAGGACGAGGAGAAAACCAAGGAUGUUCUGGAGAGGUUUCCUGAGGAUGUGAAUCCUGUGACAAAGGAAAAGGGAGGUCCCCGAGGUCCAGAGCCCACCCGCUAUGGAGACUGGGAGAGGAAGGGUCGCUGUGUGGACUUCUAGUUCACUGCCUAAGUUGUACAGUCGUGCACCUGAAAAUUAUCAAUUUGAAUGUUGUUCAUUUGGUAUGUCUGCAAUGUUGUGUUAAGAUCAGACAGUGAGGAAAAUACAAUGUUUCUGAGUGGUCAAUCAAAAUCCAACCAAGGACACAAAGGAGGUCUGCCUCGAGUCUUGUGGCUUUGGUGGCACUUAGAAGCAGUUAAAAACAGAGAUCCUCUUCAAAUUUUUCAACACAAUCCUUACCCACUUUUCCAAAGCCAGUUCCAAUAAAGUUAUCCAUCCAUCCAUCA